CUCCGCUAUUCGCAAGGAGUAACGUUAUUGCUGAGGGGAGAGGGCCGACGUGCACAGCUUCGGGGGCUGAGCGCCCACAGACCGCACACUGCCACUGGAUACAGCCUGGAAGGGGAACUGUCGGCUCAAACAGCAAGAAAGCCGCAAAGUAAAGGAUGACCUAGCUGUGCUGUGCUGUCAGCGGUCUCGCAGCAGCGAGCUAUCUAGACCAGAGCGUGUGUGUCCAGGACACAGCAGCAGCGAGCAGAGAUGAGCGUGACCUCUUGGUUCCUGGUGAGCAGCGGGGGGACUCGCCACCGACUCCCCCGGGAAAUGAUCUUCGUUGGCAGAGACGACUGUGAGCUCAUGCUACAGUCUCGCAGUGUGGACAAGCAGCAUGCUGUGAUCAACUAUGAGGCCGGCACCGACGAACACAAAGUGAAGGACCUGGGCAGCCUGAAUGGGACCUUUGUGAAUGAUGUCCGCAUCCAGGAGCAGAUGUACAUUACUCUGAAGCUUGAAGAUAAGCUGAGGUUCGGGUAUGAUACCAACUUAUUCACUGUGGUAAGAGGAGAGCUCACUGUCCCUGAAGAAGCUCUAAAGCAUGAGAAGUUCACAAGUGGUCUUCAGCUGAGUAAGAAGACAUCCAACGGUGAGCCCACCACUGCCGCCACAACCAGGUCUCCCACCAAAACUCCUGCCAAGACUCCCAAGUCCCCAACCGGCAGCACUCAAAGUCCAAGCAAGAGCAGAGUUGUAGAUGGGGUCACCUCUGCCACAGAGCUGCCAGCUAAACCAGCAGACACUCACAAAGGAGAGGAGAAGAUUUCAGGAGACAUUGCUGCACUGCACCGUGGUACCCCUCUAUACGGCCAGCCAUCUUGGUGGGGGGAUGGGGAUGCGGACGAUGAGAACUCCUUCAAACAGGAAACCAAGACAUCCAGCAAAAGACACGGCAGUUCUGUUGGCGACAGCAGAGAGGCACGUCGAGGUGAAAAGGCCAAAGAGGACGGCCUUCAUGCGUCCACCGGCCAGGAAGCCAAUUACUUGGAAAUCCCUACCAAGGAGGGCCACAUGGCACACAAUGGUAUCCAUGAGAUCCCCACCAAGGACACAGAGGGCACCGCCACUAGCGCUCCCACAACUACAGCUCAAGGCCACGCGUCCUUUACCAUAGAAUUCGACAACACCUCCCCGGGCAAGGUCACUAUCAAGGACCACGUGUCAAAGUUCACACCUGACCACCACCGAUCUCGCUCCAAGAAAGCCGGAGCCGGGAAUACCGGAGGGGGAGGGAGGGACCUGAGCACGCUGCAAGCUGCCAUGAUGGCGUCGGAGAGCAAGGUGGCUGACUGGCUUGCCCAGAACGACCCUACGCUGGUGCGCAGCGAGUCGACGGAGGACGACAGCAAGAGCAUCAAGAGCGACGUGCCCGUGCACCUCAAGAGGCUGAAAGGUGGAGGCAGCAAGCAUGAGGACGGCACCCAGAGUGACUCGGAGAACGGGCUGGGGCUGCGAUUCGCCAGCCGCCGUCACGCCCUUGAGGAGCGCCUGAAAGCAGCGCAUGGUCACGGGGGAGGAGGGGGAAGUGGAGGGAGCAGCGCGGCAAGCGGGGCUCGUACCACCGGCACCCGCACCGCCUUCAUGAUUGAGUUCUACGACGAGGAAAACCCUCGCAAGCGCCGAUCGUACUCAUUCUCCCAGACUGCCCCGCUACUGGGAGGGCCUGGAGGAGAGGGACUGUGCCCCCAGCCUCCCUCCCACCCCAAGGUGUUCAGCAUCUCUACUUCUGCCACCAUUAACACGGCCUCAGACUCAGGUAAGGGCCCUGCACCUAUAUCAGCAACAGUAGCUGCAGGUGCCCCCACAGCUGCUCGUGUGCUCCUUAAGCAGAGGUCCGAGGACCCCAGCGGUGGUCGAAGCUCCGCCAGCACCUGUCGCCUGAUAGGCAGCACCCUCAGCCCCACCAGCCCCAGUGAGGAGACCCCAACUCCAGGCCAAGGAGCAGAGACGGCUGAGGGAGAGCCAGAGGACGACCAUAGUGAUAAGGGGACCUACACCAUUGAACUGGAGAACAGAAAUCCAGAGGAGGAGAAAGCCCGGCGUAUGAUUGAUAAGGUGUUUGGAGUGGAACAGAACCAAGACUCAUUAUUGCCAUCAGACCUAAAGAAGGGAGGCGGAAAGGAGGCAGGGGACGCUGGCAAGGAGGCACUCGCAGGUGACUCGAGCUGGGUCUCUCAGUGGGCCAGCAUAGCCGCCAAUCACACCAGGACGGAUCCAGAGGGUUCAGGAGCAGAAACGCCCGCCUACCUACACAAGGAGAGAGAAGCUGAUGCCUUUGAGUCCGGCGUGUCCCUUCGCAGCGGUGGCUCCACCUCCAGUCUGACUGACCGUAAACGUAGGACCCUGCCCCAACUCCCAGUCGACGAGUCCCGGCCAAAAUCCAGUACCAAAGCCCAGGGUCUGCGAUCUGAGAUAGGGGAGAAGCAGGACACCGAGCUCCAGGAAAAAGAGAGUCACCUGGAGCACAAAGGAGACGGAGAGUCCCUCACGCUAAUGGAGGACGGUGAGAUGACAAGCAAACGGAAACAAAAUUCAACCUCUUCUCCCUCCAAACAGCCCCUCCGCACCUCUGGCAGUGGCGAGCGCAGGAAAAGGUCGGAGGAGAGGAAGGGAGGAGGAGGUGGAGAAUCAGGAGAGAAGUCAGGGAAGCCCCUUGUGCGCCAAGGCAGCUUUACAAUCGAGAAGCCCAGCGCUAAUGUCCCUGCGGAGCUCAUUCCUCGUAUAAACAGAGGUGGCAAUGGGCGUGAGCGCAGUGACUCUGUGGGCAGCAUGGACACCGCCACCCUGCUCAAGGACACGGAGGCCGUCAUGGCCUUUCUGGAAGCUAAAUUAAGAGACCAGAACAAGCUAGACCAGAGAGGCAGCAAAGCUAACUCUGCCCCCCAAGGCUCAGGUCCCAGCUACCCCCCUCGUACCGGCUCCAUUUCCCCCGAGUCGGAUGUGGACACAGCCAGCACGGCGAGUCAGGUUGCUGGGGAGGUGGAGAGGAAAGCAGCUGUCGGGGGGGUCCAAAAACGCCGGUCCUUGAGCAGCAUGCACAGGGAGAAGAGCAACAUGAGCUCUACUUCCAAGGCAAACGUCACCAACACCAGCGCUCGCGAACGCUUAGAGAGGAAGACUAAAAGCAGAACGGCAGAAGCAGCAAGUAGGGCUGAGGCACGCCGCUCUGUGCAGCCAUCCUCUUCCUCCUCCAGAACACGCCAGCCUUCCCUGGAUCUUACCGAUGAUGACCAAACCUCCUCCUUCCCCAUCUCCGAUAUCCUGUCCUCAGACCAGGAGACCUACUCUGGACCCGGGCCUGGUUUUGGGCAAUCAGCGCACGGACGCGGUUCACACUUCUCCACAGACGACAUCUUCCUCUCCAAACUGGAUAGCAGGUCUGCCAAGACCACCGCUGGCAGUUCUUCCAAAACCAACCGCACCCUCCAGGCAGCCACAGCCUCAUCCCUGGGGAAGCAGGCCUCUCUCCCUCAGCCCCGGCCCACGAGAGCCUCCCUUCUCCGCCGCGCCCGGCUUGGCGACACCUCUGACACGGACCUAGCCGACGCAGACAGGGUCUCUGUGGCCUCAGAAGUGUCAACCACAAGUUCCACCUCUAAGCCCCCCUCCGGCAAAAAGGCCCCCUCGCGGCUGGACAUGCUGGCUCAGCCCCGCAGAACCCGGCUGGGCUCCAUCUCUGCCCGUAGUGACUCGGAGUGCACGAUGACACGGAGCUCCACCUCCUCGCCACGCCUGUCAGCCGAGACCGCGCUGCGUUUGGGCCUGCGCUCGUCGACACCCACAGAGAACAGGCUGACACCCAGGAUGAGGGCCAACAGUGUAUCUAAGCUGACUGAGGCCAAGACCAAGACCACCACAUCUGGAUAUUGCUCUCCCACAGUCUCCAGUAGCAGCAGGUGGAGACGUCUGCCGCCGGAGUACGCCUCCACUUCAGAAGAGGAGUUUGGCUCCAACCGGAACUCUCCGAAACAAGCGGGGCGCCCCCACCUGCGCCCCCACCACCCGGUCCUGCACCGGGGUUCGAGGCUAAGCACCACCGGUGCAACCGGCAGUGCGGGUUCUGGCACGGUGACCGGUCCAGGGGGUGUGGUGAUGAAACACCGUAUGAAGGAGCAAGAGGAGUAUAUCCGGGACUGGACGGCACACAGCGAGGAGAUCGCCAGGUUAUUCCCCUGUGUGCGCAGGAUCAGCCAGGACCUGGCCAAGGAUUUGGCAAUCCUGGCCCGUGAGAUCCACGACGUGGCUGGUGAGAUCGACUCGGUCAGUUCUUCUGGCACAGCCCCCAGCACCACCGUCAGCACGGCUGCCACCACCCCGGGAUCGGCCAUCGACACCCGGGAAGAGGUAGGCCCUGCACGUCCCACGCAGCCGGACAUUCAGGAGAGCAUGAGAAAGCUGGUGGAUCGGGUGUUUGACGAGAGCCUCAACUUCAGGAAGAUCCCUCCUGUGAUAGCAACUAAUAAGGCGCCAGAGAUUAACGGGCGGCCAGUGGAGCUCCGCCCACGUGCACCUGAUAGUUUGGAGAGCAGAGCUCUAAGAAGACGCACCUGGAACCGGGAGGAGGCGGUGUUGGAUAGCCUACUGCUCACCUCGGUCUCUCAGCUUUCCUCCAAGAUCAGACACUCUGUAGAUAAGACAGCAGGCAAAAUCAGGAUUCUGUUCAAGGAUAAGGACAGGAACUGGGAAGAGAUUGAGAGCAAACUGAAGUCUGAGAGUGACGUGCCACUCCUAAAAACCUCCAACAAGGAGAUCUCCUCCAUUCUGCUUGAACUGAAGAGAGUAGAGAAGCAGCUGCAAGUGAUCAACGUCAUGGUCGACCCAGAUGGGACUCUCGAUGCCCUGACCAGCCUUGGCUUGGCCAGCCCCACCACCCCUACCAAGCCCCAAGCCACCAAAACAACCACUUCCAUUGCGAGCAGCCCCGGGUCUCUGCCCACGGCCCAGGGCUCCUUCCCGGAGAUCCUUCCUGGGCCCGGGGCACCGCAAGCCACUGCAAAGGGACUGGCGGCCUCUGGCGACCCAGAGGACACAGCACGAAACCUGGACAUGAGUCCGGGUGGAGUGGGAGUAGGGGGACUUCCAUUCAGUCGCAUCAGGCCAAGUGGAGAGGAGGCUGUCGCACAGAAGUGA